UCGAAGAGACUGAGCUGCCUUCCCGGGUUUUAGUCAGCAAAACCCUAGCUCGGGUGUAAGCUACCGUCUCGGUGUCCUCAUGCAAAAUGGCUGCUUCACUUUCUCCGCGCAUUCAUAACUCUCCCACCAUGGCCACAUCUCUCCGAUCUCUUGUACGUCCCUUCCUAAGCCAUAACUGGAGGUCAUCUAAUCAUCUAUUAAGACCACAGUCGUCUUUCUGUCUUCCCAACCUUAACUGUUCCCGUCUUCCAUAUGUCUCCUCUCGAAGGGCAUUUGGUGUUUUUCACCCAAGGGGUCAGUGUCUUUUUGUCCGCGUGCUACAGAAUGGCGUAGCAGAACCCGCGCCGAAAGAUACUGCUGCGGAUGCCGAGUUGCAGGCUAGAGGGGAUAGCACGAUGCCGGAAAGGUUCCGCCACCUCAACAAGGAGGCACCUGAUCGUCCGGUCCGGUGGCCGUGGGCAAUUGCACUGUUUUUUCUGGUUUAUGCCUGGCGGACUGUCUUAUGGGAACUUUCAAACUGGAAGAAAGCAGCAAUAACUAUCUUAAGUUCCGUUGUUUGGUUACUGAAGCUUUCACUAGCCUACGUGUUUCGGUUGAUUGGUGAUCCUAUUACUGGUUUGAUUAGAUAUAUUGAAUUUGUGCUCUAUACUAUAAGGUAUGUUUAUGCCAGUAUUGUAGCCUUUGCUCCGGUGCCCGAGCUAACAAGGAUAAUCUUUUUCACGUCAACUAUAUUGGCCAUUGCUGAAGCUACAGUCCCUAACUCUGUGAACGCCCAGCCAUACCUUCUAACGUUGGCUGGAAUAGUUGGUUUUGGGACUGUUAGGGGCUUCAUUCCUGAGAUACCUUUCUGGAUGUUCCUCUUUGGUAUGUUAUUCUACUCAAAGUUUAUCAAGAAAAGAGACACUGUUUCUGCUGCUUUGCCAUCUGCUGCCUUGUUGGCAGCUGUGGGGGAGCCAUGGGUGAGGGGCAUUGUUAUAACAUCCUACCUGGCCCUUGCUAUUGCUCAGUAUGCUAAGUACUCUAAUGAUGCUAUGGGUACAGAAGUCCCCACAAGCAACAGAAUACUACCAUUACCUCUUCUUCUAGCUUCGUUAGCUAUUGGAAUCAAUCUUGCUGCAAAGUGGAUCCGCUAUCGACACUUGACAUGGAUGAUAGUAUGAUGUAAUUUACUAGGACAGUUUCUUGUCUUCUCUUUAAUUUUCCUCUGUAUCCUAUUUAAUUGCUAUGGUUUUCUUGGAAUAAACAGUACAUCCCAAAGAUUUCUUAAUGUUCAUAAUAUAUCCAUUUUUUUGGUGAAGGUA